UUGCCACUUAAUCAAAAUAACAUAACUCCAUAUCUGGCUAAUAAUUUCGGUUUAAAUAAUUUGGCGGCUACAUCAGGGAUUAGCACCGUAAAUCCUUCAUUUACGAGUACACCAAAUGGCUAUGGCAAUUUCAUAUCAAAUAAUAUUGCCAAUGCCAACAGUAUUGCAAAUAACGAGGCAUUAUUUAAUGCAAAUUUUGUGACAAAUAAUUUCGCACAGAGAAAUGAUAUUGCCAACGAAAUAGUUGGAAACAGGAAUGCCAUUAGUAAUGCCAAUGCUUUUUAUGCCAAUGAGGCUUUAAUUGGCAAUUCUAUUUUACCGAAAUUGAAUCUUUUACCCAAUAACGUGAUAGAAACUCAAUCGAAUGCGAUUCAAAGCGAAUUAUUAAAUAAUAUGCAAUUUACGCCUAUAAUUUCGGAUUUUGUGCCGUCAUUGCAAUACGGGGAUAUAACUAUGACAGGUGACUUACCAAUUGGCGGUAUGAUUAAGGUGUGCGGCUGUUUCCCAGUCUACGGAAUGGUAAAUGUUGAUGGUAGCCUACCCUCAGCCGGUACAGCGAUAGUGGCGGAAUCCUUUGGCAAUCAGGUCAUAGAAAUUGUUCACAAUUGUGCCCAUCAGGAUGUAUACAGUCAAUGUCUCAACAGGGCUGCCCUUGGAGCUCCACUUGGCCAGGGUUUUGUAUCAAGAGUAGGGCUCGGCUCGUGUGUGUCUGAAGCUUAUGGGUCCCUGGGACUAACCUCACCAGUGGACUUGAUUGAGGAGCAAGGAGCGGGUUACGGUGGUAGUGGAGUGGGAGAGGUUUAUGUGAACGGAUUGUUACCUGUGGAAGGAUACUCAUCCAUCAGUGGCCAGGUCCCUGUCCUGGGUGUGGUGAGGUUUGACGGACCAGUAGCAGCCAGGGGCAGUGUCAGCAUAACAGGAGCCUGUGGCUGCGGAUGUCAACAAGUGCUACCAGCUAAUGUUGUAUGUUGA